AUGGCGAUGUUCAAUCAGCAAGUGGGACUUCAAGGAUUGUUAAAGGAUGGCGGCAAGCACUUCUCAGGCGUGGACGAGGCCUUGUUGAAGAACAUCGAAGCAUGCAAAAACCUGGCGCAGAUCACGAAAAGUUCUCUGGGCCCAUUUGGCAUGAACAAGCUCAUUGUCAAUCACUUGGGCAGACAUUUUGUCACCAGCGAUACCAAUACCAUUGUCACAGAGCUGGAAGUGAUGCACCCCGCAGCAAAGUUGAUUGUCAUGGCAGCCAAAUCUCAGGACCAGGAGUCCGGGGAUGGCACCAACCUUUGCGUCAGCUUCGGCGGGGAGCUCCUUCUACGAGCCGAAGAAUUGCUGAAAGAAGGCAUUCACGCCAACGAUGUGUACAAGGGAUAUGAGCUGGCCAGGGAUAAGGCCAUGGAGUUCUUGAACGAUCAAGUGGCGUGGUCGGUGGAUGACUUGAAGAGCACAGAGCAGCUCACCAAAUGCGUGAAGACUGCCAUCUCUUCCAAGCAGUUGGGCUGUGAAGGGCCGCUCGCCAAGCUGGUCGCGGAGGCCUGCGUGCAGGUUAUGCCUCCCACCCCCAGCAGGUUUGAUGUCGACAAUGUGCGGGUCACCAAGGUGCAAGGCGGAAACCUGAACAGUUCCUUCGUGGUGGAGGGGAUGGCCAUUGCUCGACGCGCAAGUGGCGUGGAGCAGUACAAGGAGAAAGCAAAGGUGGCGAUUUAUGCCGAGGCCCUUGAGCUCGGAAGCACCGAAACGAAGGGCACCGUGCUCUUGGAGAGUGCAGAACAGCUGAUGAACUUCACAAAGGGCGAGGAGCAAAAGAUGGAAGAGAUUAUCAGGUCCAUCAAGGAGGUGGGUGUGGAUGUGGUCAUCGCAGGUGGCACCAUCUCAGACAUGGCACUUCACUUCCUGAACAAAUACAAGAUCUUUGCACUGAAGAUCAAUUCCAAGUUCGAGCUCCGCCGUGUUUGUCGUACAGUGGGUGCCACCAGCAUUGUGCGCUCCGGCCCGCCGCUUCCAGAAGAAUGUGGCUAUGUGGAGUCUAUCAAGGUUGAAGAGAUGUCUUCCGAGCCUUUCACCAUCAUCAAGACCCGUGACUCCAAGAUUGCUACGGUGGUGCUGCGCAGUGCCAGCCCAAAUGUCCUAGACGAGUUGGAACGCGCCGUGGACAAUGCCGUGAACGUGGUCAGAUGUACGACCAGGGAUCCCAGGUUUGUGGCAGGGGCUGGCGCAACGGAGAUUGAGUUGGCGCAUCAGCUGCAGCAGUUCGGCGCCACGGUGCCUGGCUUGGAUCAAUACGCUGUGUUGAAAUUUGCGGAGGCUUUGGAGGUGGUUCCGAGGAUUUUGGCGGAGAAUGCCGGGCACAGCCAUGUGGACGCCAUCACGGCAUUGUAUGCAGCGCACCAAAAGGGUGAGAAGUCUGCAGGGAUCGAUGUGGAUGCCGGGCCAGUGUGCAAUGCAGUGGAGAAGGGCAUCUUAGAUCACAUGGAGACGAAGCGCUGGGCCAUGCGCUUCACCCUCGAUGCGGUCCUCACUGUCCUCAAGGUGGACCAGAUCAUCAUGGCCAAGCAGGCGGGUGGCCCCAAGGGCGGAGGAAAGGCUUGGGGGCGAGGGCGAACAGCUGCCCUGGUGUACAGUUUUGUAGAGGCAUGGCGGCAGCGUAAGUUGGUCAGAUGGGCACGGGAAAGCCGAGCAGAGAAGCACAACUGGGACAGGGCUUGGAUGAGAGAACUGCUGACCAAUGGAUCGAUGCCCAUCCGCUUGGUGGGUCAACUGCCUUCAGCCAUUUUCUCUGGAAAGUUGAUCAAAAACAGGUUUCUGUCGGUGUGCGCGCCCAAAUUUCGGCAUGGCCUGCCACCUCGCUUUCUGAUGCUGUUGGCACUGCAUCUGGACAUCCUGGACUAUGAAAAGGACGAGAUGGUCUACCACUGCAUCUCGGCGUUUGAUCCACACAGCCUGUCUACAGCAAGGCAACGACCAGGCACGGGGGCUGGCGACCUGAUGUCCUUGGUGGAAAACGCCUUCAGCAUCUACCUGGUGCUUGCAGGCGUUUUUGCUAGUGUGGCUCUACCUACUCCUGAAGGCGGCAUGUCAGAGAACGUGGAUUUUCUGGCCGAAGCACUGGCCAGUCUAAAAAGGCACAACGACAAACAGCAGGCAGCCUUUCGACUUUUGAGAGUUGGACGUACUACCUUGGGAUCCUUUGGCGGCAGCCUCAAUUUGGACGAUGAAGAAGCAUUCGAAAAGCCCAAGAUGGGCGGGCUAUCACCCUUCCACCUUCACUGCGAGGGAAGUUACUUUGGAGAUGUCGAGGUCUUUGCCACUCCACCACUUCAACGAAGCUGUUCAGUGCGCUGUGAACGCGACGGUGGCAAGUUGCUUCAGAUGCACAAGGAUAAGGUGCAACGAUUGUUGAAGGACUUCCCAAACUGUUUGAAGGCUUGGUGUUCGCAGGCCAGUCGACAUGAAAAAAAGCGCAAGGCCAAACUGCAGAUGUUGACGGAGCCGAUGGACAUGUAUGACCUGGCCAAGAAGGAGAUCCAGCGAGCUGUCGUUGAAGUCUGGCGACGGAAAGGGCAGGAUGAAGCCAUCAGCAAGGACAGCAGCGGCAGCAGGCCGCUGAAAAUCGCAACCAGCAGUGACACAGAUCUUUUAGCUCGGCAGCCUGCGGAAGUCUUUGCAGGAGACAGGGAAGUCACAGAUUUAAAGGGAGAGGUACGGGAAGUGAAGGACCAAGUGAAGCACUUGACCCGACAGAUGGCUCAGCUUCAAGGUGGCAUGAGAAGUAUCCAGGACUCAUUGUCCGAAGUUGUAUCAAUGCUUAAUCGCAAGGAUCCCAGCUGCUUCGAAGAGCGUCUGAGUUCGGUAUGA